AUGGUGGAGUUAAGAAGUCGCAUCCAUUUGCAUUCCCAGUUGCAUUCUAUCCGGACCAUUAAAGACGGGUCGAUUCAAACAGUGGUGAAUGUGGUUGCAAGAGGGAAGUCAAAGCUCAAAUUCAGAAACUUGGUGGAUAUAUACAAUCAGGAAGGUGAUGAGCCAAUCCCAAGAGUAGUCAGGGAUUUGGACAGUGUUUCUGGCAUGACGCAAGGCUCGCGUCUGUUUGGAGCUGAGGUGAAUCUUAAGGCUGAUCCAGAAGAUUUUGACAUGACAUUGGAGACGAUUCGGAAACAAUGCAAAGAAAAGAAAAGGAAACUUAGAAACCGCGGAGAUACUGAGACUGCCUCACAAGUUAAAGUGAAACAAGAGUCCUUCUUGGCUCUUCAAACGGAAGAUGAAGGAUGUGAUUUUGAUGAGUCUCUUAGCAGUUGGAAGACGAAAGUCUCCAAGAAAAGAAAGAGAAAGCAUGUUUCUACUUCCCCUCCGUCUACAACAAAAGUUGAUUUGCCUGUCUUUUGUGAUGUCAAGCUUGAGGCUUCGGUUGAUAGCUGUUCAGUUUCUGAAGCCGUGGAUUUCAUUUCCACUGAUCCUUUACUAGAUUGUAGCAAAGAGUCAGAAUCUACUACAAGUACAGAGCUGGUGGAAGAGAUUAUACAUGAUUGUUCCAAGGACAGAAAACUGGCUCUAUAUUGCAGUCCAGAGCCAAAUUCUCCUGGAAUAGUAGCCAUUGAAGAGCCCAUAUCUACAAAGCUGGUGGACAGAGCUGUUACAGAUGCAUCAGAAGAGUUUAUAGAUGCAAAGAAGGCGCAAUGCUGUCUUGCUGAUAACAUUGCUCUUGAGAAUCAGGAAAAUGUUCUGUCUAGUGAGGAAACUGAAUUGGAGGUUCCACAAAGUUCAGAAUGUGAGACCAUUAGUUGUGUCAAGAACCUCAUUUGUUCUAAUACAAGCUCAGGGAGCGAAGAAGGUAAAGAAGAGGAGCAAGGCAAUGAUUCAAAGCCGAACUCAGAGAUGACCAUAUCUGGUAUGGAGAUUGUGAAGAUAGAAGCUCCAGAAAUACUUGCUAACAUAGACAUCACCGUAACUGGUCUGGAGAUUGUGAAGAUCGAAGCUCCAGAGAUACUUGCUAUGGAUGACUCAGGUAUGCUCAACAUGGAUUUUGGGGUACAAAAUACCGAGAUGUGGGACAACGAAGACAUUACCAAGGAUGAGAGUCAUGAAGCAACUGAUAUUCUUCUCCAGCUGACCAGCUGUUGUAAUUCACUGGAAAGGUUGCAUUUGGUUCCUGACGACAGCUUAAUUUCAUUAGAAGAAGAUCAUCUGCCGGAAAGAUUACAACAAUAUCCAUCCUUAGGGAAUGUAGAUGAAGCAGGAGAACAUAAAUCACCACAACUCUUUCAGGCACCUGAUGAUGUUAAAACAGCUGAAGAGACUGAGAGUAUACAGCAACAAGAGCUACACUCUCAACCUGAAAAACUACUCUCAGGAAGAAAGGUUUUAUCUCCCACCUCUCAAGCGAAACUCCGCAAGGCAUUGGAGCACUCCGAUUCACCUGAGAAGAGGUGUAAAAAAUCCAAAGGAAAACUCUACUUCAGUAGCCAAAACUCUCAUAGGAUCCUUAAAGCUAAAGGACUUGACAGCAUCGACCGAGUGGAAGUCAUUACAAAUUCAAAGCAAUCCAUUCGAAAAGCAAACAGUAAUACUCGGCAAACGCGGUAUCAAAGAGCCACAAACAAGUUUCUCCGUCGAGAUGCUCAGGCAACCAAACCACAGCCUUUUAGCACUGGAAGCACCUCUUUACAAGGAUGUUCACAGAAAGCUAUCGACUUCUCUCAAGGGCAAAUGCGUGAUUUCCAUUACGUUGCAGCUAAGCUCACAAAAGAGCUGAAAUCGAUGAGACAGAUUGCAAAGAGAUGUCUGCAAGCUGAAAGCAACCCCUCCAACAUGUCUGAGUGUCACUUGGAUGAGGUGAAAACUUUGAUUGGAAAUGUAGAAAGAACUGAAGAGAGAAGCAAGAAAUGGCUUUCGAUGAUUGAACGUGACUGCAAUCGGUUUUGCAAGCUCAUGGGUAUGGUUAGAGAAGAUUCACCAGCUACUGAAAACAAUGUUCAGAAGGAGAGGAAGAUUAGAUUUGCAGAUGAUGCUGGAGGAGAUCUCUGCCAAGUCAAGUUUUUUGAGGUUGAUUUGGAAUCUGAAUCAUAA